AUGGCUGAUUCGGACAUCUACAACCUCGAGUUUCUUUCCCUAGUCGCCAAAAUUACUCAGGAGAUAAACAACCACACUGGGCUCACCGACAAGACUCUCGCCGAGUUCGUCAUCUCCCUCCAUGACCAAUCCAAAUCCCUCCCAGACUUCAAGGACAAGUUGCGCGAAGUCGGCGCCAACUUCCCCGACUCUUUCAUCGAGAAUGUCGACCGUCUCAUCCUCACGCUCCAUCCGAAGCACAAGAAGAAAAUCAAUGUCGUAGGGAAGGACAGCGGCUCUGGGGACGGUGCCGCCAUUGAUGAGACGGACAAGAAGAAGCGUCUGUUCCCCGGCCUCGCUCUCCAGGAUCAGGGUUGGCAGCCUAGCGUCACCAAGGAUGGGAAGGAUGUUAUCAUGAAGGAGGUGGACGACUUGAUGUCGCAGUUCGAGGGCGGGGCGAAGAAAGCGCGUCCUAGACCAACAGAAGACGACCGCUCUCCGAAGCGUCAAAGGCGCUCUCGUUCCCGCUCUCCUCCGCGGCGUCGAAGUCCAAGCCCCGUCCGAGGGCGUGGCCAUGAUGACAGACGAGAUGACAGGCGAGGUAGGGGCGAUCGUGGUAGGCAGGUUGACGAGCGGCCAGUGCUCUUCAAGAUCUAUGACGGUCGCGUGAACGGUCUGAAGGAGUUCGGGGCAUUCGUCCAGCUCGAGGGUAUUGCCGGUCGAGUAGAAGGCAUGGUGCAUGUUUCCAACAUUCAGCAGGGCGCGCGUGCGAACGCAGCUUCUGACCUAUUGACACGCGGGCAAGCUGUGAAGGUCAAAGUGAUGAGUCUCGCCGGAACCCGAAUUGGACUCUCCAUGAAGGACGUAGACCAAGCAACCGGGCGUGACUUGACACCUCAUCUACGCAUCAAGUCAGAGGCGGAGAUGGUCGCUGAGGAGCAACAACGCGCGGCGCAUGGUGCAAAUGCCGUUCCCCUCAAUUCCCGUGAAAGCAAAGUCGAAGUGGUCAGGUCAGCUAAGCGGUUGACCUCUCCAGAGCGGUGGGAAAUCAAGCAGCUCAUCUCAUCCGGUGCCAUUGAUGCUUCAGAGUACCCCGAUCUCGACGAGGACUUCGCCAACCCCCUGGCGCGUGCUGAAGUAGAGGAGGAACUAGACGUCGAGGUCAAGGAAGAGGAACCCCCGUUCCUGGCAGGCCAGACGAAGAAGACGCUGGAGCUGAGUCCUGUAAAGAUCGUCAAGGCACCGGACGGGUCGCUCAACCGUGCUGCGGUCGCAGGAGCAUCCUUAGCCAAGGAGCGUCGUGAGCUUCGGCAGCAGGAGGCGAACGAGGAGGCAGAUUCGGAGGCGCGCGACUUCAGUGCCCCUUGGCUCGACCCCAUGGCGAAGGAGGGCGACCGCGUGUUUGCUCAGGAUCUCCGGGGCAACAUUCGCGGUCAGAAGGCCGGCGAGCAGCCGAAGUGGAAGGAGGCCACCUUCAACAAGGCCACAACGUUCGGAGAGAUCACCCACAUGAGCAUCCAGGAGCAGCGCAAGAGCUUACCUAUCUACAAGCUGCGCGACCCGCUUCUCCAGGCUAUUCGCGAGCAUCCGGUCCUCAUCGUUGUUGGUGACACUGGCUCCGGGAAGACGACUCAGAUGACUCAAUACUUGGCUGAGGCAGGCUUUGCUGACAAGGGACGGAUUGGAUGCACACAGCCCAGACGUGUCGCAGCCAUGUCCGUGGCCAAGCGUGUAGCGGAGGAAGUAGGCUGUCGGUUGGGUCAGGAAGUCGGGUACACCAUCCGUUUCGAGGAUUGCACCAGCCCCGAAACUCGCAUCAAGUACAUGACGGACGGUAUGCUCCAGCGAGAAUGUCUUAUCGACCCCGACGUGAGCCAAUACUCUGUCGUCAUGCUGGACGAGGCGCACGAACGUACAAUAGCCACCGAUGUUCUGUUUGGUUUGCUCAAGAAGGCUAUCAAACGCCGACCAGACCUGAAGCUGAUUGUCACCUCCGCUACCCUUGACGCUGAGAAGUUCUCGAAGUACUUCUUCGGGUGUCCCAUCUUCACCAUCCCUGGUAGGACGUACCCUGUCGAAGUCCUCUACACGAAGGAGCCCGAGACGGACUAUCUCGAUGCGUCGCUUAUCACUGUCAUGCAGAUCCAUCUCUCUGAACCACCUGGUGAUGUCCUUCUCUUCCUCACGGGUCAGGAGGAGAUCGACACGGCGUGCGAGAUCCUCUACGAGCGUAUGAAGGCGCUUGGCCCCAAGGUCCCCGAACUCAUCAUCCUGCCCAUCUACUCCGCCCUUCCGUCCGAGGUACAGUCGCGCGUGUUUGAGCCCACCCCUCCCGGUGCCCGCAAGGUCGUCGUUGCAACCAACGUCGCGGAAACCAGUCUCACCAUUCCUGGUAUCUACUAUGUCAUCGACCCCGGCUUCUCCAAACAGAAUGCCUACGAUCCCCGUCUUGGUAUGGACUCACUGGUCGUCAUGCCUAUCUCACAGGCGCAGGCGCGGCAGCGUGCCGGUCGCGCUGGUCGUACCGGUCCUGGGAAGUGCUAUCGCCUUUAUACUGAGGCGGCGUUCAGGAACGAGAUGCUGCCGAACUCCAUCCCCGAUAUCCAGCGGACGAACUUGUCGCACACGAUCCUGAUGCUCAAGGCGAUGGGCAUCAACGACCUCCUCAGCUUCGAUUUCAUGGACCCGCCACCGGCACCGACCAUGAUCACGGCACUCGAGUCACUAUACGCGCUCUCCGCCCUGGAUGACGAAGGUCUGUUGACGCGCCUCGGCCGCAAGAUGGCCGACUUCCCUAUGGAGCCCCCCCUCGCGAAGAUGCUCAUCGCCUCGGUCGAACUCGGAUGCUCGGAGGAGAUUCUGUCCAUCGUCGCGAUGUUGUCCGUGCAGAGCGUCUUCUACCGCCCGAAGGAGAAACAGGGCCAGGCGGACUCCAAGAAGGCGAAGUUCCACCAGCCGGAGGGUGACCACCUGACGCUACUCACUGUGUACAACGGGUGGAAGGCGAGCAACUUCUCCAACCCCUGGUGCUACGAGAACUUCAUCCAGGCACGGAGCAUGCGGCGUGCACAGGAUGUCCGUAAACAGCUACUCGGUAUCAUGGAUAGGUAUAAACACGACAUCAUCUCCGCUGGCAAGGACUACAACCGCGUGCGCCGCGCCAUUUGCUCAGGGUACUUCCGUAAUGCCGCGAAAAAGGACCCGCAGGAGGGCUACAAGACGCUCGUCGAGGGCACGCCCGUCUACAUCCACCCGUCGUCAGCGCUCUUCAACCGCAAUCCGGAGUGGUGCAUCUACCAUGAACUGAUCCUCACCACGCGCGAGUAUUGCCACAACGUAACCGCGAUCGAGCCCAAGUGGCUCGUGGAGGUUGCGCCGCAGUUCUUCAAGGUCGCGGACGCGAACAAGAUCAGUAAGCGCAAGCGGCAGGAGAAGAUCGAGCCGCUUUUCAACAAGUACGAGAAGCCAGACGAGUGGCGGCUGUCGAAGGUCAAGCGCAGUGCACGUUCGAGUCAAACGUUUGGUUGAUAAGCUGCUGCUGUGGACUCGCUCGGGAUAUUGUCGUGCUGUACUUGUAUAUCAUUGUAAUGACGUUUUUGCUACGGCGCCUGGCUGUGCGCGUGGAUGUACAGGAAUGCGCAUCAUUCUCUUUGCGGAUACGUAUGUAUAUCGUCAUCAGCGUUCGCGGAGGGACUCUGUGCCGCCUUUACGAGUUCGAGGGGCGUGUUACGUUUGCUUCGAGGGGUCAUAUGGCCUGCGAAAGGGCCCGUACGGGCACAAGGACGGAACAUCGUGCUAUACGUGUCGAGGGCUGGCGUGCAAUGACGAUCGCGUGCAGUAGGCGCGGCGUGAGCCUAUCCGACAAAGCGCAAUGCGUCCGCCGUGAUGUAGUACUUCGCGACCUCCCCAGACUUCGUUGGGGGCGCGUUCGGGUCCGGAGCGAGCACGAACGUCUGCGAGAACACACGCGGGUGGCCGUCGACGGCCUUGUGGGGCGUGUUCGGCGGGUUCCCUGAGGGACCCUUGCCGUGGGUGACAAUCCCCGACACGGUGACGAGCAGGGAAGGCGGCUGGCUGCCAGGGAUAGGGUGGCAGUCAAAGGACUGCACCUCGUGCUUUGUGGGGGGGAUGCCGCUCACGAGCUCGCGCACGCCGUCGACGCCCUCGAACGGGCGGCCGUUCCAGGUGAGGGCGGAGUUUGCUCGGUAGUAGUUGGGCAGGUCGUCUACGCGCGUCGGAGAGUCGUAGGUGGUGUAGUACAGACGCGUGAAGUUCUCG